AUUUUCAUUUUCACGUGAUCGUUUUCAACAUCAGUCUUUCUUCUCUGCCAAACAGAAACCAGAAAAAUUAAAGAAAACAACUCACUCCAUAAUUUCUUCUUCUAAAUGCUACUCUAAAACCCUAACUUUCUCGCAUUUUCUUUCACUUUCUCUCCCCAUUUUCUCAUUGUCUUCGCUGUUUAAUUCCGAGAAUCUUUACGGGAGGAAACGACGGAAAUAAUUAUUUUCUUCUUGAAAUCUAAGUAACUUUCAUCUACGUAGUACUAAUAACUGUUUUCUACUUUCUUUUUGCUUUUCUUCAAUUUGUUUUCAUAGUCAUGUCCGUACCUACUUUUCUUGGCAAACAAACAGUGAUGCCGAGUGAAGGGAGACCGCAUUGUUACUUCACUUUAAUCGUCGUCGUUUUGGUGCUGGUUUCAUCACAUGAUCAACAGGCUUUGGCAAAUACUGAUCCGUACGAUGUCAUAGCCCUUGAAGAUCUGUACUUAGCCCUGAAUGAGCCCCCACAGCUGAAGGGAUGGAAAGUGGAAGGAGGGGAUCCAUGUCAGGAGUCAUGGAUGGGAGUGACAUGUUACGGAUCAUCUCUAAUACACCUUAAACUUCCAGGACUAAACCUCAGUGGAACCCUUGGAACUCAGCUUCAGUUUCUCCAUAACUUGAAGCAUCUGGAUGUUAGCUACAAUCAUAUUCAGGGUGGAAUUCCGUAUGGCUUACCGCCAAAUGCCACUAACAUCAAUUUAGCAUGCAACAGUCUGAGCCAAAACAUACCAACUUCUCUGACAGGCAUAAAAGUCCUUCGACAUCUGAAUCUAAGCCACAAUUCAUUGUCUGGAUUUAUUGGCGAUGUGUUCACGGGGCUAAUCAAUCUAAAAGUGAUGGAUCUAUCAUACAAUGACUUCAAUGGAGAUUUACCACCUUCAUUUGGCAAUCUGACAAAUCUUACUAUAUUGUUGUUGCAGGGCAACCGAUUUACUGGAUCAGUUAUCUAUCUUGCUAAUCUUCGCCUGACUGACCUGAACAUCCAAUCUAAUCAUUUCAGUGGUGUCAUUCCAACUCAAUUUCAGUCAAUACCAAAUCUGUGGAUGGAUGGGAAUAAAUUCCAUGUAGAACCCAGUUAUCCACCCUGGAAUUAUCCACUGGAUAAUGUGACCAUUACGCAGACUUUUGUCGGCAACCCAUCAACAGAAUCAAGCGCCCUUGAGAACUACCCCGAUCUUAAGGCCAGACACAAGAAGAAAAAGCUAGGUCCUGGAGGAAUAGCUUGUGUUGUAGGUGUAACAACUCUAGCUGUGGCUUGUGCAGCAAUUCUUUUUGCAGUCCGUAUUAAGCGAGCCAAUGUUUGUCCAGUUACUAGAACCAGAGACUUUUCGCCAGCCGCAUAUGACGCCAGCCCACAGCUCUUGCCAGUCAAAUCUCCUCCUAGUCUUGGCCUAGACAACACGCCCACUGCCUUCCGUACUAGAAAUGAGAAAAUAUCCAGAAGAAAAAGCUUUGCAAAUAAAUACAAUGCUCCAACAAGUGCUAAAAUUUACAGUGUGGCGGAGAUUCAAUCAGCAACAAACAAUUUUAGUGAAGAGAAUCUAAUUGGAGAGGGAUCUCUCGGUUCUGUUUACAAAGCUGAAUUCCCUGAAGGCCAAAUAUUGGCUGUGAGAAACAUCAGCAUGGUAUCACUAUCUUUUCAAGAAGACGAGCAAUUCUUGGAUGUGGUAUGGACUGCAUCUCGACUGAGGCACCCGAACAUUGUAACCCUUCUUGGUUACUGUGUAGAAUAUGGACAGCAUCUCCUUGUUUAUGAGUACGUCAGAAGUUUAUCUCUAGAUAAUGUUCUGCAUAGUGGUGGAUACAAAUCCCUUCCUUGGGCAGUUCGAAUAAAUAUUGCACUUGGUGUUGCCCGAGCUCUGGAGUACCUGCAUUCUACUUUUUGCCCGUCUAUUGCGCAUGGAAACAUAAAAGCUGCAAACGUCUUGCUUGAUGAAGACCUUAAGCCUCAUCUGUGCGACUGUGGGAUCACAAUUUUAAGGCCGCUGACGAGCAAUAGUGUAAAACUUAAGGCAUCUGAAAGUGCUGUUGGUGACACUGGCUACAUUGCACCUGAACAUGGGGAACCAGGAACAGAUAACACGAAAACCGACAUUUAUGCCUUUGGGGUCUUGCUGUUGGAGCUAUUAACAGGAAGGAAACCAUUUGAUAGCACAAGACCAAGAGAAGAGCAAUCAUUGGCAAAAUGGGCUUCUUCUCGGCUUCAUGAUAGUGCACAUCUGGCACAGAUGGUUGAUCCAGGCAUCAAAAACACUCUCACCUCUAAAACCAUUUCCCGCUAUGCAGAUAUAGUCUCGCUCUGUAUUCAGCCAGAGAAAUUGUUUCGGCCACCAAUGUCAGACAUAGUGGGAUCUCUAGCAUCAGUUACCCAAAAGUAUACAGUUUCUGAAAGCGGUACAGUUGAAGGUGCUGAAGUUGGUCCUUUCGACAUGUCUUUCCAUACAACAAAGACUGGUUUAGUAGGCUCUCCCACUCCCACUUUCUACUCAACCUGAUUCCCAUUUUUGCAGUUUAGUUGACUAGUGUUAGGCCUUAGCACAACAAAUGUGUUGCCAUUGAAUUACAUGUAUCAGCACUAAACCACAAUAAUAGGCUCUCUAAUUCUUGAUUUGACAAUUUAGAAUACAGAACAAAGAUAAACCCGACAAUGUAUGUCGAUCUAAAUCGCAUAAUACACACAUGUACUUAGAUGUUUGUAGAGCAAAUACUUUGAUUUGAAGGUUUCUCUGAUAA